AUCUUUUUCUCGUUCUGCGAUCCAGUUCGUGUCGCUGUUUUACGGUUCUUAAUAAUUCGCCUCAUAAUCAUUUCGUCUAUCUCUUUUGCUUUUUACCUGCAUCUCAGGUAAUAGAAUAAGUUUGCGGCGCGCUACCGGUUACCGUCGACGUGUUUCUGACUGGUUUCGGCUCUUUUUUUCAGUUUUCUUUCGCCAAACCUUCAGUUUUGGGGACGAAUCUUCAUUUAAUCGAAGUGUCGAAUAGGUAAAAGCAGAAAUCUGCAAAGAGUUUGAAAGGGAAGUUGAAGAUGAUAAGUCUCCUGUUGCUGAUUUUUCCGGUCCUUGCGACGUUGUUGACUGGAGUAACAGCUCAGUUUAAGUGUCCUCAAGGAACCGGUUACUUUCCAGAUGCCCAACAGUGCGAUUUUUACUACGAAUGUUCCAAAGGACAAUAUGAAGAGAAAUUGUGUCCUGACGGCCUAGUGUUUGACGAUUCUGAUCCGAACCACGAAAGAUGUGAUAUUCCUGCAAAUGUGGAGUGUGGCCAAAGGACUGCUCUACAGGAACCAAAACCAAGCAAAGGUUGUCCAAGAGCAAACGGAUAUUAUAGGCACGAAGAUGAACAAGUCUGUGAUAAAUUCUACAACUGUGUAGAUGGUGUUCCAAUUGAAUUACCAUGUCCUCCAGGUCUUAUUUACGAUGAUAUUAGCAGUACAUGUGCAUGGCCAGAAGCUAGUAAAAGAAAAUGUACCAACUCAAAGAGAGAUGUACUUGAUGAUGGGUUUUCUUGUCCAGAAGGGAACGUCCAAGGGCCAGGUGGUCGGACUCUACCUCAUCCUACAUUCGCUCAUCCAGAAGAUUGCCAGAAAUUUUAUAUAUGCAGGAAUGGCGUUCAACCACAGAAGGGAUCAUGUCCACCUAAAAAAGUUUACAAUGAAGAAUCCUUUAUGUGUGACGAUCCAGCAAAUGUACCGGGCUGUGAAAAUUUCUUCAAUGGAAAGAGCUAGGAACAAAACCUUAUAUUUUCAGUGAGAAGUAUUUAUCAGAAAGUAUUGCUUUAAAUAUAUAUUUUUUAACUAUAUAUAUAUUUAUUUUUAAGUAAAUUUAAAUUUGAAACAAAUAAUUAUUUA